UGAGCGGUGUAAAAGCCAACAAUUUCCUCAUUGUAAGACAGAAAAUAGAACCACACCUCAAACACGGCGUUAAACAGCUUCAGUGCGUUGGACUUUGGAGGAGUUUAGAUGUCAAACGGAUACUUUCACUGCUGUUCCAUAAAAGUAGUUUGGACUCUUUACUAAACCGGAGAGACUGCCAUCAGAACAUCUUCCCUGAGACUGGAUCUGGACUGAGAACUCCCUGGAGCAGACUGUGAGGGACAGGGCCCGGGGGAACGGAGGACGAAGGCUGGACGGCAGGCGUAACUGGAUGCCCCAGGACCAGUCCAGGGUGCAGGGACAGAGGGGGUCCUGCAGGGCGGUGACAGAGAGCAGGGGGCUGGACGCGUCGGGGCCGGGGAUGAGCCACUUCUGGCACAAGAUGGGUUGCUGUGUGGUGGCCAAGCCUCCUCCGAAGAGGAAGAGGAGGAAGAUUGACCGCACCAUGAUCGGAGAGCCCACCAACUUCAUGCACCUCACUCACAUCGGCUCUGGGGAGAUGGCCGAAGGACUGCCCCCUUCAGGACCAGUCCAGGAACAGAUGAGGUCUAAAGGACCUAGCAUCAACGGCAGGAACAGCCUCUUAUAGCUGGAGCACAGCCCAACCAGAGCCUCACCUGAUGACCCCUGGCCCCUCUUCUCUGACCCCUGACCCUUGGCCUUUGGUCAAGCAUCAAGCAAGCCUGUCCCCCCUCCUGCACAGAGAGCACUUAGGACCACCAUUCCUGUCCCGGCCUCAUCCCCACUCAAACCUCUAGAACCAGUCUCAUCCCCUUUCCCAUCCUCAGCACUAGCCUCACCCCCAGUUCCAGCCUCACCCCCACUCCUAGCCUCCAAGCUCCUGCCCUAGCCUGAUCCCCAGUCCCAGCCUCAUCACAUCAGCCCCUGGACUCUAUAUACCAGCAUCCUGUUCUGCCCAUGGACUCUUAUAACCCAGCAUCCUGUUCUGCCCAUGGACUCUAUAUCCCAGCAUCCUGUUCUUCCCCAUGGACUCUGUAUCCCAGGAUUGUGUUCUUCCCUCUAGACUACAUGGUGCCGUCCUACCUAAUCCAGCGGAACCAUCCAGAAGACGUCCAGACGUUUCACACUGCCCCUCUCUCGCAGCAUGGCAACACAUCAGUGUUGUGCUACAUGGCCGAUUGAUAGACUGCUGCUGUUGGAUGUGUGUGUGUUGCUCAAUGCAGGGACAGGAUAUGGCAUCACGCUCUGCUCCACCUAGAAUCCAUUGAGUAACAGGUUUAGAGGAGACCUGGGUGGUGGACGCGAGUUGGCUCUGUGUGUCCGUCACUCUCUCUCUCAUACAUGCGUAAACACGAUGAGCCUCAAUUAGACACAUGCCUGCCCUGGAUAGCAGUUCUCGAUUAUCAGACUGUCAGCCUUCCGUUUUGAUCACAUAGGAUCGUUCUUAACAGACAACUGUAAUAUCCCUCCCCCGCCCUGAACUACAGUCCAUUGGAGCUCUUCCCGUCUGAGUCAUAUGACCCUGGAGACCGGCCCCCUGUCACGUGACCCCCUUGGACAGGUCACAGAGACCAGCCGUCUCUAUGACAACCUACUGUAAGAAACAGCAGGGUUUGAGAAACACCGCUUCCGGAGAGUCUGUUGGCAGGGGGGGUGGGGGCUUGUUUGUGAUUCCUCUGGUGAACCCGGCGGACCAGUGAGGUUGGGAGGGACCGCCAGAUGUAGUACAUGAUAGGGUGACUGUGUUUCAUGGCCCCUGGCCUUCUGGUCUCUGAUUGGACCGUCUGUUAGAUCUCGAUCUCUCUCUUUAGUAUUAGAUUUAGACGCUCUUCUGCAAGUUCACAACGAAUGCCGGCUUUGUAUUUUUGAAGUGUAUUUGUUUUUAUUGUUUAUUUCCACUGUUCAGUGAACAGUUAUUUGACUUGACUGAACAGUAGGAAUGAAUUUUUUGGUUUUAGAUGUUUUUUAUAUUUUGUGUACAUGUUUUCCUUGACCGAAGACUUCCCAGGUUUCAUCUCUUUCCAAGUCUAGACACGAGGCUGGGUUGUGUUAUCACAUUCCUUGUCUUGGUCUAGUCCAGGGAUGUUCCAUAAUCUUAACGGACACGCUACUGGGACCAGGCUAUCUGUCUCCAUCUUGCUGGUGUUGUUAUGGCAACUAUAUGUCACAGUCCUGCAACCCGGAAGUCUGUUUCCUCAGCUCCCAGAGUUGAGGAUGGAGGGUCUGAACUGUCUCUGAACUGUCACAGACUGCGUUGAGUCUUUUUACCUGCUUCUGAAAAUACAAGUCAUGUUUUAUGUA